GAAGGUGGAGGGUUCAGAAGGGGAGAUUGUGGUUUAUCCGGGUGAGGAGGAACAGAAUACAACAGAGGAGUCCUUUGAGGAGGGAGACUGGGAGGUGGAACCAUUCGAUCCAUACCUGUUUAUAAAGAACCUACCACCUCUCACAGAUGAGCUGCGUGUCCGCAUGCCUGCCUUACCUCUAAAGACCAGGAGUUCCCCCGAGUUCUCUCUGGUCCUUGACCUGGUAAUUUAUUACGUUCAGAAUUAAAACCAGUAGACCAGUGCAUAGGGAAUGAGUUCA